UUUAGGGGUAGUUACACAUCAUCUCCUGUCUGCGGGUUUACAUUUCCUUUAAUUAAACAAAAUGUAACUGGAAGCGAACAGGGUUUUGUGUUCUGGAGGCUUGUGUGGAGUCGCAGGCUGUCAGAGGCAACGCUGUCACUGUUUUCAGUCUUGUUUUUCGUUUGUGAGUUCGGCAGCUAAGCUAGCUCUCAGGUUAGCUCUUCAACUGGCACACCAACGUCAGACAGACCGACUGUCUGACCUGAGAUAAUCAGUCGGUGUCUACCGUCCAAAUUAACCCGACACCUCUCUCUCAGCUUUCCCGGUGCUAAUCAUCAGCGUAGAGAUGGGAAGUCUGGGUAGCAGGUUCCAGUCCCCGUCACAGGGACCAGAGGAGGCUGUGGAGGGCACAAGUACCAGCCGCAAGCAUGGAUGUGAGUGUAAGAAGAGGAAAAGAAAUGGCCAGUGUGACUGUGACAGUGAACAAGAGGAAGACGACGCCAUCCUAGAUACACCUCGCAGAAAGAAAUUAAAAAGCACAUCAAGAUACAUUUAUCAGACUUUGUUCCUGAAUGGGGAAAACAGUGACAUUCGCAUCUGUGCACUGGGACAAGAGUGGAACCUCCACAAAGUGUACCUGUGUCAGUCGGGGUAUUUCUCCAGCAUGUUCAGCGGCUCCUGGAAAGAGUCCAACAUGAUGGAAAUCAGCUUAGAAAUCCCAGACCAGAACAUUGACACUGAAGCUCUGCAAGUCGUAUUUGGAUCCCUGUACCGAGAUGAUGUUCUGAUCAAGCCCAGCAGGGUUGUCAGUAUUCUUGCCGCUGCUUGUAUGCUACAGCUGGAUGGCUUAAUCCAGCAGUGUGGAGAGACUAUGAAGGAAAACAUCAGUGCGAAGACUGUGUGUGGCUACUAUGCUUGUGCCAGUAUCUAUGGCUUGGAUUCAGUCAUGAAAAAGUGUCUUGAGUGGCUUCUGAAUAACCUAAUGACCCACCAAAAUGUUGACUUAAUGAAAGAACUUGGGGCAGAGGUGAUGCAGCAGCUCAUCCAGUCCUCAGACCUGUUUGUCAUGCAGGUGGAGAUGGAUGUAUACACUGCUCUGAAAAAGUGGAUGUUUCUGCAGCUCAACCUGUCAUGGGAUGGCCCAAUCAAGCAGCUUCUGGCUGAUGCUGAUGCCUGGCUUUGCAAACGCAGGACAGACCUGUCUGAGAAAGAGCCCUUCUUAAACACAGAGGAGGGUGCACCUUUUCGUUCGGUGUUCAGAUACGUUCGUCUCCAGUAUAUCAUCAACGAUCUGGCAUCUGCACGCAUCCUGGAGAGGGACAAUAUUUUGCCCCCUGAUUGGCUGACAUCUGUGUACAAAAACCAGUGGUUCGCUAUGCUCCGGACAGAGUUUGAGAAUGAUAAUGGUCCCCAUGAAGCCAACAAAGAGGAGUUCGAGCUGAGCAGCAUGAGGUGUGGCAGGAAGCUGACUAAAGAUGGAGACUACUGUUGGAGGUGGACAGGCUUUAACUUUGGUUUUGACCUGCUGGUGACCUACACAAACCGUUUCAUCGUCUUCAAAAGAAAUACUCUGAGUCAGCCAUGUGGGGGCGCUGUGAGUCUGCAACCUCGAAGGCAUCUUGCAUACAGGUUGCGCCUCGCUUCCUUUGAUAGCCGUGGAAAACUGGUUUGCAGUCGCUCAACAGGUUACCAGCUUCUUACCCUUGAGAAAGACCAGGAGUAUGUGGUGAUGAACCUGGACAGCCGGUUAUUGUCAUUCCCCCUCUACGUGUGCUGUAAUUUCCUGUAUACGUCGCCUCAUUCGGACCACCGUCCAGAUUCAGAACAAGAAAGCACUGCUCAGAGCGUGUCUUGAUGCCCUGUGGCAAACCCAGCAGCCAUUAUCUGCGACUGUUCCUCUGGUAAUGCAGAGACACUGACACAAGUUUGUAUGUACAAUCCACCGACUCAUUAAACAUCACUUUGACAUCGGACAUAUCAUCUGCAUGCUAUGUAACGCAGUGGAUUAUGGGAACAUCAUAAGGGAACAGUACCGGAGGGUGACACUGGACCUUUGCUGGCUUGUAUGGGAAGUUUCAAGUCUGUUGCUCCUUCUGAUCAUACUGCAUGUAAACGGACUUCGGGGUGAUGGUCAGACGUGUGGCUGUGGCCCCGCUGAUGGAUGUGCUCGAAAACAGAGUGCUGUUUUUACGAUGCACAUUCUCCAUGCGAUUUCUAAUCAGCACACAAAAGAGCACCCGUCUUUUGUACUGACUAGAAUCGACGGCUCUGUGUAGGAAGCAAACAGAAGGGGACAUACGGUAUACCAACAGUGUCAUAACAUAGACUAAUGAACACGUAUUUCACAUGGUUCGUCGUGACUGAAUCCAAAUGGCAAAGGUACUGUACAAUCACUGCCAACACUUAAAACCUGUAAAAAGACUAGUCUGACACAGCUUCUCUUCCACCUGCUGCUGCUUGAUUAUCGACUGAUAGAUUCAAAGUCACACCUGCUGCCACAUAUCACCACUACUCAAAUAUGUGGCUUUGUCUGCCAUUACAUAGAAAGUGUCUGGAGCCCAAAGCUCACUUUGAAUUGUGAAAAAUGAACUGUGAGAUGCAGUGAAAGCAGGAUUUUCAGCCUGUGUUUUAACCCUAGUAGGUCCGUGUCCAUCUCACUCAGUCUUUGUUGGACAUGAAUCCGUGCUGUUGUACACCAGAGCAGCUUCCGUUAAGGCUUUCGGGUUGGAAAGUCCACCGCCUCUUCAGUAAACUGGAGAAAACGGCCUCACCCCUUCCAGAUUAUACUCUGUAUCAACUUUGUAUUUAGUAAAGUAUGCUGCAUAAUUACAACCUGGACAAAAAUGCUGCUUCAAGUGAUAGAAGUAAUCUAGCAAAGCCCAAGUAACCAACCUGAGCCUCAUUUACACAGUUUACAGAUGGACGAAUGAUCAUUGACACCAGCUUUGUGACGUUCACAGCAUAAUGUUGAAACUCACAGAAAUGUUGAUACACUGCAGCUCUUGAGACUUCCUGCAGUGUUUACCACACGUUCGUACUAUUAAUUGAGUCACAAUUUGUUUGGCAAUUUUGGAAAUCUGUUGUUACCUCAUGCUGUUUUGAAAACCAGUAAAUGCGGGGAGUUUUAGCAGACUGAUGUACUGCUCACUCAUUCUACUCAGUAUGACUUGCCUGUAUAGCUGCAGCUGUAACUGUAAUGAAGUUCAAAGUUAAAGGCGUUUUUGUUUGGCAUUUAUUUAUUUUUUUACUUGAUUUGUGUUUGUAUGGAUUUAUUUUUGCAAAAGAAGUAUGUAUACAUUUCACGACGGUCAAUAAAACUGCCCAGUUACAUGGGCUGUGGUGCUAUCACAUGAUCUCUUUUUCCAGCAUAGGUCUUUACUACAGCUGCACAGUUGUCCGUGUAUUUAUGCUUCUGUAGAUAUUGCAAAUGAACUCUUGCUAAAUAUUGUGUCUUCUGCUACAAUUAUCAUAUGGUGUCCUUUGGUGCUCACCCUCAUAAUUUCCUUUCCUCUUGCUGAAGCCUGAUUUCCUAUAUAGUGAUGUUCAUUUGGACGUACUUUCAGUAACAUAUCUGACAGCCAGUUUUUAUUCUAUUAAUGUCAGUGAUCAUGUUCUGUAUCACCCUACACGAAAUGACUCAGACUACCCUCACAGCUCAAAAUGAUCUUUGUUGUGGUGACUAAUCCUGUAAUGACUACUCCUGUGUUGCAUGUAUCCUUCUCACGUAUCAGACGAUCACUGAAACCACCCACACAACAUAUUCUCUGCAAGAUGGUGCAGAUUCCAGUGGAUUUCAUCUGUUCAAAACAGCUGAUCUUUAGUAGGGGUGAAACAGGUUGGAUGAAAACUAGCAGAUUAGUGCUAAUUAGGAAAAAAAAAAAAAAAACUUUUCUAACGCGCAUCCACAGAUUGGC